UUAAAAAUUUCACUGGAUUGGCUUGGUGGGGAUAGAAUGGAAUACCGGCGUUUAGCUGCGGUUUUAAUUUUAAAAGAAAUGGCUGAGAAUGCUUCAACAGUUUUCAAUGUGCAUGUUCCUGAGUUUGUGGAAGCUAUUUGGGUUGCUCUGAGAGAUCCAAAGUUGAAUAUUCGGGAGAGAGCUGUGGAGGCAUUGCGUGCCUGCCUUUGGGUCAUUGAGAAGCGUGAAACUCGAUGGCGUGUGCAGUGGUAUUAUCGUAUGUUUGAGGCUACACAAGAUGGUUUGGGAAGAAAUGCUCCUAUACAUUGCAUACAUGGUUCGCUGCUUGCAGUUGGAGAACUGCUGAGGUGG